AUGCAUAUUCAGGCUCCCGCGUUUGUUGCGGUGCCACGCGACAACGAUAGGCCAGGAGUGCUGCUCUUCUGCAGCACGAAGCUGGCAUCCUAUCCUUCUCCUGUGCCUCGCUCGAGUUCUUCACGCUGGGAUCGCCGGGGCUUGCUGGGCCUGGUGGUGCUCGCACAGGCACCUGCUGCCGAAGCGAAGCGGCCAGAAGGUGUCAAUCGGCCAGAGUUGCUGCCGAAGACCGAUGCGGCGACGACGCCAGUCAUUGAUGUAGCCAGGAUCUUGACCAACAGUCAAGAGCGAGAGCUGGCUGGAUACAUUUCAGAGAUUGAGACCAAAGCGAAGGUUCGGGUGCGCGUCCUCACGCAGACCUUCCCCAACACUCCAGGAUUGGCCAUCAGAGACUACUGGCAGCCGGAUGGCCGCACGGUGAUCUACGUCCACGACACGGGCGGCCUUGGGGAAGGCUACGUGGUGAACUUCAACGCCGGAGCGGAGGUGGAAAAGAUGAAGCCUCUGACUUACUGGAGGCAAGUUCAGAACACGUACGGGAACCGGUACUACAUCCGGGACCAUGGAGAUGGAGAUACGGUUGUCGAUGUGGUAAAAGCCUUGAAAGAAGGCUUCAUUCCAGAAGAGGGCAGCAAGUAG